AUGAGCCGACUUUAUUCAUAUCAUCUUAUGAUUAUAUCGAAGUACUUCAAGACUAUUGAAGACUUUAUUCAUUUAGAAUUUGUAUCAAAGAAAUUUGAAGACAAUAUGGCAAAGUUUCAUUACAAUCCCAUUCCUCUAACAAUAAAAACAAGAAAGUACUUUCCACACCUUCAGACCAUUUGUUUGUAUUCCGUCGAAGAUGAAAUUUUUGAUGAUGACGAAGUGUUUUCACGAAGUGUUGAGUUUGUAGUUUCAACAUCUGUUGCUCUUCAAAAUAGAAAUGCAAACAUCACUUACAAAAAUGUUCACUUUACUGAGAAAGACAGUGAAAAAUAUGUUGAUAUCCCACACAAUGCACACAUUAAAGUUGUUGAAAAAGUCCCAAAUUCGCCAGUGCCUACAUUUUCGUCGUCACAGUUAAAACACAUUAUCAUUCCAGAAGGCGUCACUGAAAUAACAAACCGCGCAUUUCCUACAAAUUAUGACGGCACAAUAUCACUUCCAAAAUCACUCAUAAAACUCGGAAAGGAAACUUUACAUUAUAUAGAAGUAACAACUCUAACAUUACCAACAAAUCUUCUUUUCAUUGGAAAUAAUUGUUUUAAUGGAGCGGCUUUGGAAAAAAUAGAAAUACCUGAAAGUGUGAUUUCGUUAGGAGACAACUGUUUUAAACAUUGUGAAGACUUGGAAGAGGUGAUUUUAUCUCAACGUUUUUUGAAUGAUAAAAAAAGACUGGGACUCGGAAAAUUCACAACACAAGCGAUUAAUAAUGAUAGAGUCACACUAACAAGAAAAGUGUUGCAUUAUGAAUAA